AUGACCAAGAAAAACAAGAAAUUCGAACUUAAGCUCGACCUCAAAGCUGAACUUGUGCAUAUUGAGAGCAAAGACAGAUUGAAAUGUGAAGUGAUCGAGCAACAACACGGCCAACACAAAAUCAACUAUCGCCCUAUGAAACGAGGAAAGCAUGAACUACACAUCACUGUCAAUGGGGACGCAGUACAAUGCAGUCCAUUCCCAAUAGCUGUAGCCCCAUCACCACAGAGAUUCGUUAAGCCUUCCCGAGUUGUACGAGGUUUGAGCAUUCCACGAGGCACUGUCUUCAACAGUAAGGGACAGUUGAUUGUUGUUGAAAGUGGUGGAGCUACUGUCUCUGUAUUGACACCAGACGGUGAAAAGAUACGAACGUUUGGAAAGUUGAAUAAUGCAUAUGGAGUGACUGUGGACAAAGACGACAACAUCUAUGUAGUAGAGCUUAGCAAUAAUCGUGUGAAUAAAUUCUCAUCCGACGGAGAGUUUGUGGCAGUUGUUGGUAGUCGAGGCAAUGGUAACCUUCAGUUUAAUACCCCACUUGGUAUCUGUUAUAACAAAAGAGACAACAACCUGUAUGUGCCUGAUCAGAGUAACCACAGAAUACAAGUGAUCUCUACUGAACUGAAGUUCGUACGAUGUUUCGGUACACCUGGCAAAGGGAACGGACAAUUACAAAACCCACUGUAUGCAUCAUUUGAUAGUGCCAACAAUCUGUAUGUGACUGAGUACUUUAACCAUCGGGUACAAGUGUUCACUGCUGAAGGUAAAUUCCUGAGAACCUUCUCACAAAAAGCCGACGGUCAGAAGCUGAGUCUUCCCUGGGCCAUAGCCAUCGACAGGAGUGACACAGUGUACGUCAGUGAGAAUGGACCGCAUCAUGGACCACAUCAUGUGAGUGUGUUCACAUCUCAGGGAGCCUACAUCACCACGUUUGGUGGACCAGGAACGAAAGAGGGACAGUUUAAUGACAUUUAUGGACUCUCUAUUGAUCGCAACGACUCUGUUGUUGUGUCCGAUCAUGGCAAUUGGCGACUGCAGAUAUUCCAAUGA